AUGGGUGUGGCCUUGCGCAUCGUGCGCGACCGCGGCGCCGCCGAAGACGUGUUGCACGAUGCCUUCAUGGCGAUCUGGAACCGCGCCUCCACCUUCGACCCCAACCGGGGCGAAGGCCGUGGCUGGAUGUGCAGCAUCGUGCGCAACGGCGCGCUCAGCGCGGUGCGCGCCAGCGCCCGCACCGUGUCGGUGGACGAAGAACUUCUGGACGAAUUGCAGGACGCCGAACCCCAGGCCGCACCCGACAUGCUCGACGCCUUUUCCAUGCGCUCCACGCUGGGGCAGCUCGAUCACUGCCUGGAACGCCUGGACGUGGCCAAGCGCAACUGCGUGCUGCUCGCCUACCUGGACGGCUGCACCCACACCGAGAUCGCCGAACGCCUGAGCGCUCCGCUGGGUUCGGUGAAGGCGUGGAUCCGGCGGGGCAUGGCUUCGCUCAAGGAGUGCCUCGCAUGA